AGAGGGAGAGAAGGAGGGAGAGGGAGAGAGGGAGAUAGAGAAUGAGAGGGAGCGAGACCAACACACCACAACAAGCACUCAGGUUUGCCAGAGAUAGACACUCACUCCAGAUGAUCAUAUGUAUUUAUUUUGAAAUCCAACUCUCUCCCAUGGUACUCUAUCCUGUGUUGUCAGUCUGACUGUCUUUCAAUGUCAAGGAUUUUAUCCCUCAGUAGCUCUCGGGACCUGCAAAGCGGUUAAUUAAGGAAUUUGUUAGCUUGGGUGCAGCAACGAUGAGUCAAAACUCCCCUCCUGCCCACGGCAGGCCAGGGACGGACGCGGCUAAUAGAGAGGAACAGUCCACCUGGGAUGCCAAGGCUUUCUACAACAAGCUGGCCCCCACCAAGAAACCUAAAACGCCGAACCCGCAGAAUGCCAUCACGAUCGCUGUGUCAUCGCGGGCGCUCUUCCGCAUGGAGGAGGAGCAGAAGAUCUACGAGGAGCACGGGGUGGAGGAGUACGUCAAGUACCAGCUGGAGCACGAGGACGAGCCCUUCGAACCCGGGGCCGCCUUCCCCUUCGUCAAGGCUCUGGAGGCAGUGAAUACUCGUCUGAGGGAGCUCUACCCUGAAAGCGAGGAGCUCUUUGACGUCGUGCUGAUGACGAACCACCACGCCCAGGUCGGAGUGAGGCUCAUCAACACCAUCAACCACUACAACCUGUUCAUUGAGCGCUUCUGCAUGACAGGGGGGAGGAGCCUCAUCGGGUACCUGAAGGCAUAUCAUACCAACCUGUACCUGUCCUCUGACCCAGGGAAGGUGGGCGAGGCCCUGGGAGAGGGCAUCGCUGCAGCCACUAUCUUCAGCCCAGACAAGGUGGAGGAGGUGUCGGACACUCAGCUGCGCGUUGCGUUCGAUGGAGACGCAGUCCUCUUCUCGGACGAGUCGGAGCAGAUCGUCAAAGCGCACGGCCUGGACAAGUUCUUCGAGCACGAGAAGGAGCACGAGAACAGCCCUCUGGCACACGGUCCUCUGAAGGGGUUCCUCGAGGCACUGGGGAAGCUGCAGAAGAAGUUCUAUGCCAAGGGGCAGCGGCUGGAGUGCCCGAUCCGCACUUACCUGGUGACGGCCCGCAGUGCCGCCAGCUCAGGAGCCCGGGCGCUAAAGACCCUGAGGAGUUGGGGCCUGGAGACUGACGAGGCUCUCUUCCUGGCGGGGGCCCCCAAGGGCCCGCUCCUAGAGAAGAUCCGCCCGCACAUCUUCUUCGACGACCAGAUGUUCCACGUGGAAGGAGCCACGGAGAUGGGCACCGUCUCUGCCCACGUGCCCUACGGCGUGGCACAGAGGUACAAGAAGUCUGCUGCCAAAAAGGAGCCAGCCGGAGGCAAGUGAAGAGGCCACAACCAGCCGACCCCUCCCCAGGGGAAGGACGUCUAGCAGAGGCUGUAGCUCUGUGGAGCCGGCUUCAUCGAUACAGCAACAGACAGCCAGAGCAGGGAUGAGCAAGGGUAGCAGAAGCACCACCUGGACUGGAGAAUUUAUCUUUUCAUUUUCUAAUUUUUUUUUCAGAUAGUGCACUACACAACUAAACCAAAUACAGCCUGUGUUUGGGUAUUUAUUAUUAUUAUUAUUAUUAUUAUUAUUAUUAUUAUUAUUAUUAUUAUUAUUAUUAUUAUUAUUAUAUCUUUCAGUGAAGGGGUAACACACCCACAUUUGCAAUGGUCCUCCAGUUAUAAAAAUCAUUUCAAAAGCAUACAGAGAGACAUACUGUACAGCGCCGCUUUCUCAAGCAGUUGGCCAUUUGCUUUAAAUAUUUUUUUUCCCCAAAACGAAAGCUAACCCCUAUUCUAAAGAAGUGAAAAAUGUUCAGACUUUUUUUUUCUGUAAAUUGCUUUUAAUCUGACGGGGAUUCUCAAUUCACAAGAGAAACUAGCUAAUCGCAAAAUUAAUGCGUUCAUUUCCCAACUACCCGCUCUGAAACACGCCAGAGUAGCUUCUUAUUUUUGUUCAGUGUAAUUGGCAUUGCUAGUCUUGCACCUUAAAAAUAGCAAUUAAGCGCUUGUUGUCCAAAUGGGUUCUCCUUAAAAUACAUUUGAGAGUGACUCAUAUAUCACGAGAAGGGAAGUGACUAUACUGAUGACCGGAUCCAACCUGUCAGUAUAUUUUAAACCCUGUUCCGUGCACCUCAUUGCACAAACAACAAAACCAGCUUCAUUUUUAUCAGUGGGACACGCGUCUCUUAUACCUGCAAGGGUUUUAAAAAAAAAAUCCCUUAAAACUGCCUUUAAACUUCUGAAAACAGCGUGCAGAAGUUGAGCCUCAAGUUUACAUUGGCCCUGUAUGAAAUAUCUGAGUUAAACUAAUCAACUCAAUAAACGUGCACGGGUCACUGUAUCACAAGGGCAGGAUUUAUAGUCUUUUAUUUGAGCUGGUUUUGCUUUUCCAUCCGACGCGUGACGUCAAGCUGGUCAUGGGAGACUUUUCGCUGGUGCCUUACUUAUAAGAGAUCAGAUUUAUAGGGGUUCGUUUUGAGUUUUCACGCUCAUAGAGUUUAUUCAGACUGUAUGUAAAAAACGUAUUCUAUCAUAAGCUUUACGCUUUAAUAUAUUUCCAUUGUAAUAUACCUAUUAAUUGGUAUAAUGUCAUUUUAAAAGGAACUUCCAGGUUAAACUACACAACAAUAAUUUGUCUGAAUCGGGCUUUAUAAGGUAAAAGCCCAAAAUUGGACCCCGUUUAUUAAUAUGAGAUGUGAACUGUAUGAGGAAUGUAGCUUUUAAAUCUAUCCAGCAGCGUAGUGCUGCCCUUCUAUCAGUCACAGCUAUGUCCCAAACACACUCGAUAACUCAUUUUCUAAUUUAACCUUUUGUGUACUUCCAAGUGUAUGUGUUGCGGAAGAGUAUAUAGCUGAAACUUACAUAUGUUUGCAGUAAUCGAGUUCUGUUGCCCGCAAUACACACACUGGUAAUGCGCUGUGCCAGGGUGUGCUUCACUGUCAGGGUCACGGUGCAACGUUAUCCAUGCGCUCUAAUAUAUUAAUUUCAUUGUAAUUCUAUUUCUUGCCACAGGGUGUCACUAGAACUUCAUUUCAGUAAAACUGCUCUUGUUACAAAUUCAUAACAAUUUUGAAAACAGACUCAAAAUAUAGCAGUUUUUUUGUUUUUGUUUUUGUUUAAUUUACCAGCGCCACGUUGUUAAAAUACACGUCUGUAUCUAGAAAGCACUGCUGUAUUUUACGAUGACGAUUUUACAGUGUAAUAUUUUUGAAAUGUUUACAAUGGGAGUUAUUAUUUUGUGAACGCGUCUGGUCUGCACUUGUAAUCUGGGUUCCAGUGAUCUGUACUGGGAGUAUAUGUUUAAGCUGCUGGGGGUUACAGUCUUUAUGUAUAAAUUCAAAAUCCGCACUUUAUAUUGUGUCUA